AGAUUAGCAACGUUCGGGGCUCAGAUACAAAUUUUAACAGCCUACACCAACGAGGGCAAAAAAAUGGCUAAGGUGUACGCAGGUGAGGUAUCUUGAAAGACGUAUCAUUCAUCUUACAUCGAUAUUUCUCUUCUACUAGCUCUGUUCUGAAUUGCACUUAAAUUUUCAAGCGUACGCUGCAAAAAGAUGAUGGAGAGAUUAAGAGUAUCACAUUCGCACACUUUUAUAGUUAUAAUAUAUGGUUCCACGUGCUUGUACAUGAUAUUGCCCGUCACACCGUCCAUCGUGGCGAUCUUGACAAACCCAAAUCAAACGCAUAUUCACGGCUUGCUGUACCACGUGGAGGCUGUCCUCGAUACGAAGAAAUAUUAUUACAUCAUCCUAUUGCAUUCCUAUUACGCGACCUUCUUUUUGAUGACCAUUCCGGUAGCGGCGGACUCCAUGAUGAUAGCUUACAUACAACACGCUUGUGGUCUUUUCCAAGCGAUAGGGUACGGUUCACAAAGACGCGAAAGUAGUUCAGUAGCGACAGCCAACUCGAAAUCCCAGAUGCGAAAUGUUGUAAUUCGUUCUUACGCUGGUGUUCUAUUUUAGAAAUUUUCUGACUUAAUGAUUUUUCCCAGACACCAACUG